AUGGGUACAGUAACUGUGGUUGCACCAUUUGUCAUCAGUGUACAGUACCAUGCAAAUUCUCCUCCCACCAGGCACCACUUCAAAGGUGCAUAUGCUGAUGGUGAAGAAGACCACACAGUGAAAAGGGAUGUUACAGCCAACCUUGACAACAAACCAGAAGCCUUGCCUAAAGAUCUUAACUUGAAGUGGGUGGUUGUUAGAUACUCUAUCCAGAGGAAUGCCAAGAAAUUUGUUGGCCUGGUUCUUAAAACUGAGGACAAUGAAGUCACCAUCAACUUUUUGAAAAAAGAUGACUCUUGGAUAAACAUCUCACCUGAACAGCUGGAGGCACUCCUUACUGAAAAAAGAGGAGGUUUAGCUGGCAAGGAAGAUGAUUCUGACCAACAGGGACAGGAGGAGAAGAUAGGCAAGGCUAUAACAGAGAGCUUGAAAGAGUUUCUCCAGCACACUUCUGGAUUGGAGGGUGUAGAAGCUCCUAAACCACCUCCGAGAAGAAAAAAGAAAACUAGCAACAAUAAGGUGGAUUUUGAUGCCUCGCAUUUUUCAGAUACAAUCCAUUCUAUUUUAGAUUUUAAGGAACCAGACUCUAGUGAAGGCUCAAGUUCUGGUAUGAGUGAUUACAGUGGGGAAGACAGUGAUAUUGAUCUAACAGAAGAAUCUAAAACAAAUGAAGCAUCAUAUGGUAAAGAUAAAGAAAACUUGGUGAAGGAGAUGAAAGAGUACAUGGAAAUGAUGGAUCAAGAACUGGCUCAGACAAAUGUAGGACUAAGUUUUGAAAGAAAAAUGCCUUCACAUCCAACUACUUCUAGUCAACAAGUUGAUCAGAAACAGGAUGAAAGUAAGAAUCAGACUAUGUCAGCCGAGGAAGAUGAUCUUGAAGUACAGCCAAUUGAUGUUGAUCUUACUGUUUUAAAAAAUAUUUUGGAGUCUUACAACAGUCAGCAAGGUAUGCCUGGACCAGCUAGCAGCAUUCUUUCUUCAAUGGGCCUUCAACUACCAGAAAAUACUGAUAGCACGUAGUCUCAGCUUUAAAGAAAUGUGCAUAUACUAGUAUGAGAUUUUCUCAUGUUUUUGUAGUUUGCUUAGUACGAGAUUGUUAUUAAAACCUAAUUUUUAAAGUUACUUCCUGCUUUCACAUGUUUACAAGAUUCUGGUAUAUGUAUUUACUUUUUUUUGUUGUUUUACAGCUUAGUGUUAACUAAUCAUUGGAACAAUGUGAGACAGUUUUGUAAAAGAAUUAAAAACUUAUUUUUUUAAAUAAACAAUCUAAGAAACAUAAAUUUAUUCAGUAUUUUCUAUAAAUUGGAAAUCUUUUUUUCUACUUUAUUUGUAGUGAAGUGAAUUAUACGUAUUCCAGGGCUUUCCACUUAUAUGUUACCUGCACUUUUAAUAAAAAAAUAUUUUCUUUGUUAUUAAUGCUUAGGCUUAAUAUGUAGAUAUUUUUGUAUUAUCCAUGAUUUAAGGUACUAGAUGCACUUCUUAAUGGUAGCUUACUUUGCUAUUGUAUGUUUUCAUUUCUCUUAACUAAUGAAAUUUAAUGAUAAGGUGUAAACUUUGUUAUUAGAAAAUCUCCCUUUAACCCAAUAGACUGAGCAUUUUGUGAAAUUGUUUUAUUUUUCUGAAGGCCAUCAGAAACAAAUCACAAAAUUGUGAACUCAAGGGUUAGUGUUUGGGUCUAGAAAGUAAAGAUUACAUAAGUUCAUUUUAGUUUCAAAAGUUAUUUUUAUAUCUUCUCCAUACCUCUUGGAAGAUAUUAAAGUAAACCUCCAGUAUAUCUAAGUUACAUUUCCUACUGUAACAACAUUUACACUUGUUCAUAAAGUUAGAUUUUUCAACUCGUCAAGCCCCGAAGUGGCUCCAGCAGUAAAUCUGUGGGCUCACACUGUUUAAAACUGGGUUUCAAUACUCGUUGUGGGUACAGCACAGAUAGCCCAUUGUGUUGCUUUGUGCUUUACAACAAACAAACAAACUCAAGUUAAUUAGUAUUUUUGGGAGUCUAGUCAUGAAGCUGAAUAUUGUUUAUUUUUGUGAAAGAAAAACAUAAUGCUAAGAAUUUACUACACUAGUCUUUAGUUAUACCAUGUUAAGUUCCCAAGGGUGUAAAGUUUAAAGUUGUAAUUGUCAUACCUUAAUUUUGAGAGGCAUUAUAUGCCUUAACUCUAUUCCUCGAAGGAAACUGAAUAAUUGUAUUAUGACAUGCUCCUCUUUCUCUCUUGUUUUAAUUUUUGAAAUUGAGCCUAUUACAUAUCAGUAUACUUGUUCUAUAAUUUUCUCAUUUUACGAAGGAUAUAAAAUAUGUUAUAAAUUUCAUGAGAUUACUGUUACUUUACUGGUGCCAUACAUGUUUUUAAGACAGAGACAAGUGCCAAAAUAGAUUUUGGUUAACCUUUAAGUGUACCUGCAGCUGUUCACUGACUUUGUUUCAUAUGUACUCAUGAAACAACUUGACAGUAAAUGUGUUUUUUAACAGAUUCCAUUUCAGCACCAUAAAAGAUGUAAGUGUGCAAAAAAUUUAAUUUUUUUUCUGUAAAUUACACAAAACACACUUAAAAACACACUUUUUUAUUACUGAAAUACCACUGUUAUUUACAUGUAUCAUCACACAUUUUUCUUUCAGUGGCAGUCACCAAAGUACUAUAAACAACAGCAAACAGACCUUUACAAGACCAGUGUUUUUUCUUAUGCCAUAUUAAUGAAAUAUUUGGUAUACUAAUUUCUUCAAAACUUUUGGGGCUGGUAAAAGCUUAGUGGUUAGUUUGCUCAGACUGUGAAUUUGAAGGUUGUAGCUGUCACCACAAGAACUUGCUCCACACGUCGAGGUUGUGGGUGAAUUAUAAGAGUGAUGGUCAAAUCCCACUUAGGAGUGUAUAGUGUAUGCUGUUGACCAGCUGCCUUUCUUCUAGUCUAGUUCAGAAUUAGGGAUGGAUCUAUAUAGAUAAUCUUUCAUGUAGUUUAGCUUGCAAAUUCUGAAGUAAAGAAAUCCAAAUUUCUAUGUUAGUUUCAAAUUGCGGAAUGUUUUCUUCUUGUUCAUAAUCUUCUAUCUAGUUUUUUUUAUUUGUAAACUAUUACUCUCCUACCUAAUUUAUACCGUUGCUUUAUAUUAAAUUUCCAUUAUUACUAAAGGAAGUAACUUUUACUAAUAACUGUCACAAUAGUUUUGAAAAAAUCUGGCUGCUGGAAGUUACUUUUAUCAAACUGUAGUUUAACUUGUCAUAAAAUCUGUUUGUAUUUUGCAAUAAAUGGUGCUCUCUUAGUUUACCAAAUCUUGAGUAGAGCAACUUGUUCAGGAUAAAUUUCAACCCUACUUAAUAAAUAGAAUUGUACAGGACUUGGGUGGUUGAUUUAUACAACAUAGUUUAGAAGUCUGAAUUUUAUAGAAUCCAGACAGUCAGUAAACACUGAAUUUUUACUAAACAUGAAAGCAGUCAGAGUUGUACAGGUUCAAACACUUAAAAUAUACUGUACUUCUAGACAAGUGACAGUUUUAUGAGAUUUAUGUAAUACAACUUUACAAGAUAUCUAGACAGAGUAAUGUUAAGAUCCAGAAAUUGAAUUUGUAUUGAGCACCUAGACAGAACUCUGACAGUGGAGUUAUUUUAGACAUAAAAGCAACCAUAGUUAAACAAGAUUUUUUUUAUAAUAGAAUUAUGUAAGACAUCCAGACAGAAAAAGAAUUAUACAAAAUUCAGACUCUGGACCUGAAUUUAUUUUUGAUACACAAGCAGUCAGUUCCUACAUACUGCAUUUUGCAGUAAAUUUCAGACAUAAUUGUUAAAAGAAGUGCUUUAUAUUGUGAUGCUUAGUUUAUCAGUAAGUAGUGUUUCAUACAUUUUUCUGUUCUGUAGUUCGGUUUCCCUGGGAAGUUUUAUUAUUUAUUACUAAAUUAAUUGAAAUCACCAACAGGAAAACUCUUAUCAGUAUUUAGCUGAUGUGAAAAAGUUACAAAUCUUUCAACUUUUUUAAUUUACCGUGUGUUUAUAUGCAGUGUGAGAAGAGUGCUAUUUGUUUUCCUUUUGUUUUGUUUUUUUAUAUUUGCAUUCAAAAAUACCGCUUUUUUAUAAUGUACAGUUUGCUUAGAGUGCAUGAUUUUUUAAAUGUACCAUAUCUUUGUACUUCAAAACAACGAAAAAUCAAAAUUCAUGUGACAAGGUCUGCCAGUAAUAUUUUUGUAGGUUUAGCAAUGUGUAAAGGGGAGAAGAACUUAAUCCUUAUACUUGCAAGUGGUUAAAAAAAAUAAAAUUGCUAUUUAUGUUUAGAUGGUAAAAGUGCAACACAUAAUUGCAUACAUUUUCUAUAAGUUUAUAACAUUACACUCCAAAGGCCAUCAAAGUGUUUAAUCUCAAAUAAUUGAUUAUUGUAAUUUUUAUUAGAUUAUCCUGUUUUGUUUUUAUCGUUUUAGUUACUAUAUUGUUUUUUUUUAUGCAACAAAAUCUUUGUUCUUGAUAAAUAUUACAAGAAACCAUCAAAAAGCAGCAUUUCAUUUAUUGACUGUUAAUUGGCCACAUUUAAUUGAGAACCUAAAACUGAAAUGGCUUUUCCAGUAUGUUUUAUGUUUAGAAUGCAAAAUAUCAUUAUGUGCUUUGGAAAUACUACAAUAUAAAAGUGUAACUUUGUUGUUUAUUGUGAAUUUCUUUACAAUAAGAUAUGGUAAUGGCAAGCUGAGAUAGGAAUGGGUUUUUUCUGUUUUCAGUGUAGUUCAUUACAGCAAGACAAAGAAUGUGUUGGAAAGGCUUGGGUAGAUAUAUGUUAAUAUGUAGGGAGAAACAAGCUUGGAUUCAACUUGCAGUAAGCAAAAUAGCAAAUUUCAUAGUCAACUAGUCUGUUACAAAGUUUGUCGUCAGUGUAGGAUACCGUAUUUUCUAACUGGUAUAAGAUGUCAUGUCAAGUUGAACUUUUUAUAUCCAACUACACAGUGAGGAACUGCAGUGUGAAGACUGUUGGCUCUAAUGUGAUAUGACAUUGAUUCAACUUUAAGCUCAUCAUAGUGCUUAGUUAACAUAUAAAGUAGUAUCAGUCAUAGAAAUAACCGAUUUUACAGUUCAUAUGUUAAUGUUUUCUAAGGUUUAUUCAACAAACUUAGCUACAUUUUUUUUUACUUCCUGAAUCAAAUGUCUUAGUGUACAGUUUUGAAGUAAUAUGUUUAUAUUAUAUGCAUUGACAAAACCUUUGGUUGAAGAAAACUACAGCCAUUCAGUUUGGUUACAUUGUUUUUCAGUUAAUUGUGUAUUUAAAUGAUUGGACACUUUUUUCCAAAUGUAACAUAAAACAGUAUAAGCUAAUGCUAUUGCAUUUCUGUAUAAGUACUGAAUAAUUAUUCAGUAAAUACACAUCUAGUGCUUUGUAUGAAUUUGUUUUUCUCUUAUUAUAUGACAUUUCCACUAUGUGUAACUUUUUUGUUUGCAAAGGUGCAAGUUUGAUCUCCAAACAAGUAAAGUAACUACUUUUUACUUAUGCGUACCAGCCAUUUUCUCUAUACCAGAAAUUCAAUUUCCUAUAAUUAAUUUUUAUUUCAUAUUACACAAUAUUUUUAAAUACACCAUCAAAUAUUAAACUUUGGUUUAUGCAUAUUUUACUAGACUGUAAUCUUAAUUUUGUCCAUCCUAAUAAUCACAAAACUUUUAAUCCAAAAGAGUAAUUUCUUAAAAAUAAAAGAUACCAGUGUGAACAACUGUAUUCACCAAGAGGGAGAGAAAGAUUACAGUCUAUAUGAUUAAUGAAAACUAGUUUUGAUUCUGCAUCAGUAUUGUUUAUUUCAAAUUUCUCUGCUACAACUUAUUACAAGAACUGCAACAAUCAUAUACUUUAACUAUGUCACAAUUGAGUUCUACAGGAAGACAAAUUUUAAGCUUUUGUAUUUUUGUUGAAUGAAGAUAAUAGAUGUAUAUUGUAUCUCUAAUUUUGAAACAAAACCAAAUAUUAGAAAAAACUGCAAUUAACAUAGGUAAAUUAACAUCUUAGAUGGCAUAAAUUUCUAGUUUAUUGAAAGUAAGAAGUAUAUAAGUACACUACGUUUCACAAAGUUGUCCUGGCAUCAUCAGGUUAUCAACAUACAGUAUGUUAAUCACCUGAAGAUGGCAGGUCAACCUGGUGAAAUGCAUGUAUAUAUUUCUUCAUUUCAAUAAACUCAAAAUUUAAGUGAUCCAAGUUUUGAAUAUUUUCUCAAGUUACCUCACUAUAUCCACUCAAAAGCAUAUAGGUACUUUUUAGUUUUCAAAAGACUAAGCUUCAAUGCAAAACUCUUUACAUACAAUUUCACCUAGAUGUCGCUUAGAAAAAUGUCAAUUUUAAAAACCAAGACUUGUAUAAAUGUAUCUCUUAGAUUUAAUAACCAGACUUUUUUUCCUCACGAGAGAACAAAGGGGGGGAUAAAAAUUUUGUGGUUCAAUAUUGCAAAACAAUUUUGAAUUGAAUAUACAAUUUAUAACAAAGCAAUAAACAAUCUACAAAUUACUUAUAUUACAAAAGCAUGUUUUAGAAUUUUAAUUAUUUAUUUGUAGAGUUUGGGUUAGCCCUACGGUAUACCUCUAAUUUUGGAGCUGGCAAACUGGGUUCAAAUCUCUGCAUUAGUACCAAAUAUUUUCCCUUUAAGCUAUGGGUUUGUUAUAAAAGUAACAGUCAGUACUUUAGCAUGAGUGGCAAGGUUCUGUAGGCAUUCCUUCUGGUCAAUAGUUCAAAAUUAGGGACAGCAGGCUUUGCCAUAAAUACAAAAUGUUUAUUUCUAACACAAAACCAAUAUAAUUAAAGGCAUAGUGUAAUACCAAAAAAUACACGAACAUAAAGAUACCUAUAGGAACUGUGUACCGAAAGUUAAUUCAUGAUGUUGUAUGCUGCUUUACCAAAUAUAAAGAAAACUUCUUGGAAUAUUUAAAAAUAAUA